UUACAAUCAGAAGAAGACAGAGUAACAUCAGCUCGAGGAAGCGAUCAUGUUAUUAAAGAAACUGGUAAUUUUUGCUCCUAGUUUACACCUUCAUCUGCAUAAUGGUUUGAAGCGACUUUUGGAAUGUUAACGAACUGAGUCCUUUAGGUCAUCUUAAAUAAACAAGCGUCCGUGUCUCUAAAAGCUAACGCUAAUGCUAACUCGGGGUAACUGCUACUACUGUCAUGGCUACAAAAGGUUGACUGUCCGCUGUUGUCUUAUUCAGAUAGAUUAAUAUAAACACAACGUUAAACACAACGGUUAAACACAACGUAGGAAAUUGUGUCACAGAAUCCGGUAGAUAGAAAAUCAUUCGCCCUGCUACAUAACAAAAUAAUACAGCUGGCUACUUUGCUCGCUAGCUGCUUUGCUAACAAAUAGCUAGCUAGGAUAUAACUUAAAAAAUGUCAUAAAAUACAUUUCCCUUCUGUAAGUUAGUACUAUAGCGUCAUCUAAUAUUUAACUCCAUAGUAUGCUGUCAUAGCAAGAUUAUCUCCUUAUCUGAGAGACGAUACUGUUACUUUCAAUGAAAUAACAGUGAACCGGUGUAACUACAGUAACUGCUAAUGGCUACAUUUGGCUUCACUCCUGCCAGUGAGCAGGAUAUUUUCAGCACUGAAACAACAACACAGUCCAGCUAUAUAACAAACAGUAGACUUAGUGGGGAAGAGGCUAGGCAGUUCUACGAAAAUUUAAUGAAAGAUGACGAUGAAAGACAAGAGAGAUCAAGGGGUGCAUUUAGCAAAAAAUACUACGGUGGAAACCAUCAAAAUAAGCAGAGGGGCAGAGAGUCCAAUAGAAGAGUUAGGAGGAGAGUCAGGGCUGCAGAGGUGCAGCUGGAUCAAACCAGAUCAGCGGUGGAGAGAGGGACUGGUGGUGAAAGAGAAGAUAUCCAAAGGAGAGAGAUGACAGCGAGAGAGACGAGCAACUCAGAAAGGUCCAUGGAGCUCCAGGGGCUCAGGUUUCUUCGCUGUGCCCAUGAGGGGGACAUCUCUGGCCUCAAAGAUCUGCUCUCAAAGGGGGUCGACAUAAACUUCCAGGAUACUUUCUUCUGGACGGCUGUUAUGUGUGCAAGCUGGUCUGGACAAAGAGCUGCAGUGAGGCUGCUGCUGCAACAUGGAGCAGCCUGGGUUGGAGUGGUUGAUACUCAGGGCAGGGAUGCCAAAGACCUGGCGCUGGAAGCGGGUCACAAUGAGGUGUUGGAGGAGUUGGAGAGCUAUGGCAGAAGUGCACAGAGAGAUGCUCAAUCUCAUAGCAGUGUCUCCCAGCCUCAGUGGUGUGAUGUGUGCUGUAGCGAGUACAGCAGCAGCCUGUCAUCACAUCUCUCCUCCACCCUGCAUCAGUUUAGUCUCCGGCAUCCUCCACCGACCCCCUACUACUGUCUCCCCCCCUCCAGCAACAGCUAUAAAAUGAUGGUUCGAAGUGGCUGGAAACCAGGAACAGGACUGGGGCCAGAGGGACAGGGGCCACAACAGCCAGUGCCAACUGUGCUCAAGAGAGACCAAAAAGGUCUGGGCUAUGGACAGAUGAAAAGAGCCAAAGUUACACACUUUCAAGCUAGAGAUCUUGAUGCAGUGAAACCACCAUCCAAGGAUAAAGAGGAGAGGGGUGGGAAAGGGAAGAGGAAAGAAGAAAAUAAGAAAAAGGAGCAAAAGGAUAAAAACUGGGAAAGAGAUUUUCGUGCCUCUUUUUAUCUUUGACACCAUGUUAAAACAGAUACCAAGAGACACUGCACCUGUUUAAAACUGUGAAGGUGUUUGUAAAGCUGCUGGAAGAUGUUUUCUCAUGGAGCAUAAUAUAAAUAUCUUAACUCUACCUCAAAGCUGAUAUUGUGUCCAUUUAUGGAAUUACUUGUGCCUCUGUCUACAGGUGUUGCAAUCACCAAAUAUGACUUGGUGUUUACUCUGUACUACUAAAUAUGGAGUGUUUACUGUUGACCCACUGAGAUUGUUUGAAAAGGUUGAAAGGUUGAAAAGUUAUUAAAAAACAAUUGUUCCUGA